CACUUUGAAAAAGUCGCCUCGGGGUUCGUCGGCAUCGUUGGUUUUCACAGCUUGCCUAACGAUGGAGCAGGCAGAGGGUUACAAAAGCUACCUCCGGUGCGACACCUCUAGUAUGCCCAGGCGUUCUGCAUAUCGCUACAAAAAGCAACAUGCUGAACAGAACGAUUCUGCCAGAUCAACUAAUGACGAGGUUUCGCUGUCAUCCUCCACAAGCUCAGCAGAAAACCAAGGUGAAGGCUUGGGAGACGCUGAAAACCCCGCAGGGAGAGCUGGCUUUGUCACCUGUGAGGACGACACUCCUGCUGGACAACCUCCACAACCUCUAGUUUCAGGCCCAACAGGCAUGGAAUCACCCCCUCAGGACCCAAUGGUGCAGCCCCUGUUUCCCGGCGCCCAGCUGACUCAUGAGGAGAGUCUCCUCCUGCUUAUGGCUCAUAUCUUGCGCCACCACAACUCUAAGGAGGCAACAGAGAGCCUGUUGACCACACUGCACGCACAUCUCCCGCAAGGAACCGAACUUCCUGCAACGAAGUACCUUUUCGAGAAGUACUUUAAGAAACAGGAGCAGCCGCUUGAGACCCAUUUCUAUUGCCCCACAUGUCUUGCGUAUAUUGGUGUGGGAGGUACUGGUGAGAUUUCUUGUGUUUGUGGAGCGAAGCACUCGGCAAAGGAUUUACUUCGUGAAGGCUACUACUUUUUAAGCCUGGACUGGAAAGCCGAGCUUCGUAACCUUCUCCAAAAAAAAAGUCACGUGCUUGAAAAGCCUGGCUUAAAGUUUGAUGUUGCAGACAUCACUCAGAGUCCGGCAUAUAACCAACUUCCAUUGGGCCCGGAUGACGUUACUCUCACGUGGAAUACUGAUGGGGUACCGAUUUUCCACUCUUCCGAGUACAGUGUCUGGCCUCUGGAGAUCAUGAUAAAUGAACUCCCUUUAAAAGAAAGGAUGAACAAUGUUCUGUUGGCGGGUCUGUGGUUUGGGCCAAGGAAACCAAACAUGCAGUGUUUUUUGGUACCUUUCAUUGCAGAGAUGAACGAUUUGAGUACAAACGGUUUCAGUUGGGUAGACAGUAGUGAAAUCACUCAUGUAAGUAAGGUCUUCCCUGGCCCAUUGACUGUCGACACGGUGGCGAGGUGCAUGUUGCACAAUCAUACCCAGUUUAACGGGCAGUAUGGAUGCCCCUGGUGCCUGCACCCAGGCCGUGUCGUGGAGCAGGGAAGAGGCCACGCUCGCGUGUAUGAGGUGAUGAAAGUUAAGAAAAGAACGGAUGCAGACUUUGAAAAAGAUGCAAAGACCAUGGCGCAUGGCGUGCUUGGGCCUACAGUGUUGUCGCUAAUGCUAUUUUUUAGCAUUACCAACAACACUGUAGUCGACUACAUGCACGCCGUGUGUCUAGGUGUGGUCAGAACAACCACCAACCUGUGGUUCAAAGGUGUUCACUCUCGAAAAAGCUUCUACUUGGGAAGGAAGCGGGAACUGAUUAACGCUCGUCUCAAAAGCAUGACCCCACCUUACGAGUUUUCACACCUGCCACGCUCUCUGUGCCAGCGCAAGUUCUGGAAGGCGACGGAAUGGAGAGCGUGGCUCCUGUAUUACUCGCCAUUUGUUUUGAGUGGUGUGCUGCCUGCACAGUAUUUCAAAAAUUGGUGUAGACUGAGCAACAUACUGCAUGCUCUCCUAGCCGAUGUAGUGGCAGUCGACAUGCUUGCUACUGUCGAAGCUGACGUUGCAGUGUUCAUGAAGGAGUACCAGGACCUGUACGGGUGUGCGCAGAUGACCUUUAACGUUCAUUUGAUUUCACACUUGUGCGAUAGCGUGCGGCAGUGGGGCCCGUUGUGGGGAUUUUCAGCCUUUCCAUUUGAGAAUAUGAAUGGCAUCAUUAAGAAAAGCUUUCACGGAACUCAGCACGUACCCGAACAAAUCUGCCGAAAGUUGCUGCUUUCGCAGUUUCUACCCACCCUUGCAAACUCGCGCAACUGUUUUCUUGACAAACCAAAGUUCCUUCAGCACUUUGAAAGCUUGACCCGCGGUUACAGGAGAAUUUUUAAUGUGCAGAAACACACUGAUGCGAUAACUAUUGGGGCUGGGUCUCGCAAGCUAACACCCAUGGAGGUUCACUCUCUCCAGAGCAUCGGCAUUUCUACAUGCAUGGUAAUGAAAUUCAAGAAAGUGUUAGUUGAUGGAACGAAGUUCAUCGCCCACCUUUUGAACAAGAGCACACGAAUGAAUUCUGUUGUUCAUCUUCAUGAUACCACAUUCGGCAUAAUCGAAUGCGUACUCGUUAUGUGUGGUGUGUGCACCUCGAGCUGUAACUGCAAAAAGAAUGUGUAUUUUCUUCUGCGGAAAGUGAAAGCAAGGAACAUUGACAACUGA